AUGGAUUUUUCAAAGUUUCGUGAAUCAGGAGAACUGUCGGAUAUCACCAUCACAGUUGAUGAUGUUGAGUUUAAACUCCAUAAAUUUCCACUCUAUGCAAAGUCAGAUUACUUCCGAAAUCUUAGUCGGCAAGCUAAUUCCAAAGAAAAGUCGGUGACUCUUGAAAAUUUCCCCGGUGGUGCUGAAAUAUUUUCUUUGGUAGCUGAUUUUUGCUACAAUAUGGUUCUACCCCUCACAAAAUCCAACAUAGUCCAGAUAAGAUGUGCAGCGUCCCAACUGGAAAUGGACGGCCAUGGAAACUUGGCAGAUAUCGCAGACAAAUUCCUUCAAGACACAAUUACAUCAGCCAAAAUGAGCAGAUCCAUUCAAUCCAUAGUAACAUUAUUGAUCAAUUGUGGGAAAACUGGUGAUCUUGCUGAAGAAGCAGGGAUAGUUACUUUAUGUGUUGAUGCUCUC